UCAUAGUAAUGCCUGGCAUCAUUCCGCCACCUAAACUAAAGUGUCAAAUAGCGAGCUACUAACCUAAGGUGGCGGAACAUUCUAAACAUUGGCCGGCCUAUUGCCCCGGGACUCGUGAAGUUCAAUCCUCCCGUCAAGUUACAUUGAAUAUCUUCCAUGGUAACUAUGAUAUUUCCCCCAGUUCCCUUCGUGAAUACUGAGUAAAACUGUAGCACUAUCCCCGCCGGCCACCUUCGUUGACGUGUUCGUGCAUCAACUUACAGAGUCCAAAGACCUGCGCUACUACUAUUGCUAAGAAAAGAUAAUUCUGUGGCCUUGAGAAUCAUGACGAGCAAUUUGGAUAUUCAAGUUUCCUCCUUGGCUGCCGGCUUCUCGAUAGGCUUUGGUAUAUUGACAGUUUGGGAGGCCGUAAAACAAACACGUCGAAAUCGAAAUCCCCUCCGUAGCACAUAUAUUUACAUGCUUUGGGGGGAGAUCGUAGCAAAUUUAGCUAUUCUUAUUGUUGGUUACCUUUGGAUCGAUGGACAUUUCGGAGACAGCCCGACUGUACUACUUUUAUUUUUUAUAUUGUUUUUCUGGGUGUUCGAAAUUCAGUUACUGAUGCAAAUCAUCAUAAAUCGAAUUGCGGUUAUUGCAGAGCGUCAAGACACUAUAUGGAAGCUCAAAUACGGGACUGCUAUCAUCAUCACAGCUAUCAACGUCGCAGUUUUCUGCAUUUUUAUUCCAUCUCACCUUGUCCCUCCCGUAAGCCAGCUGUACGUUGAUAUUAACAAGUACUGGGAUAGAACUUCCAAGUGUCUUAUCCUUCUCGUUGACGCCACCCUCAAUUAUUACUUCUCACGGACAGUUAGAAAGCGGCUUGUUGAACAGCAUGGCUUGGUCAAGUACGCUCCUCUGGCCAAAUUUAACGAUAAGCUCAUGGUCCUCUCGGUUCUUAUGGAUGUCAUGCUCAUUUGUUUAAUGUCCCUCCCGAACUCAAUCGUCUUCGUUCAAUUCCAUCCUGUCGCGUAUAUGGUGAAACUCAAUAUCGAAAUGUCUAUGGCUACCUUAAUUACUAGAGUCGCUCGAGAUGCGGGAAUAAGAGACGAAGAGAACGACGCCUCUCUUUCAUACUCAAAUAAUCGAAGCCAAGUUGGACGAUCAAAUAUCCACCAUAGCCAUAACGAUGCCGUACUGAUGAACACAUACCACACAACAACCGUAGAGGGCCGAGGAUCAGAAGAGGACUUCGAAGGUAUGAAUAAUAUGAACGGAAUCCAUAGAAGAGUCGAUGUUCGGAUAGAAAGCAUAUCGAACUCGGAGACUGCGUCUAACCACGAACUGGACAAAGUAGGAGGGAGAUCCUUCGACAGAGUUGAGGAUGAGAUAUCAUUGACUAAUCAUCCCGGACACCCAAGGCGUGCCUAAUAAGUAGAUAGCUCGUCGGAUCCUCUUUAGGUCAAGCGGCUUACCUCACGCAUUUCUUUCUGUAUUGUUUACUCCGGAUCCUCGUAACAUAAGGAGAAACGACGGGAACAUGACACAUGCUCAUUUGCUAAUGAUAAAUGUAGCAAGAGGAUGGGAUAAAACGGACAGCGUCCGGCUUUUUCUUUUUUGUUUCAUUUCAUGGUAUAUACUUCGAUGUGAAAUAUUGUAGAAACCCGAUAUUUCACUCACUACACACACGUUAACAAGCUUAAUUAAAAAAUGAUACCCCCAGGCAAAUAAUAAUGAUUAAACGGAGAUGUGUGCCGAAAUAUCCGAAUAGUUGACUUAAGUGUUGAGAAUGAGGUAGCUUUCACGAAGAAUGACACUCUACUUAAGACUUGAAAACCCACGCAUUAAAUCGAUAUCUAUACCUUACAUAGGGGAAUUAGCUGGGAUAGACGAAAGUUAAAUACUACCAUCAUCUUCCAACUCCU